AUGCUGGUGACCUAUUUGGAAGCCAGCCGGGACCUUUGCGAGACGGACUCAAUUCUUUUUGGCGCCGCGCUGGCAACCUGCCGUAUCAUAGGCGCCAAGGUUUCCACGGCUGAACGCGCUACUGGCCAUAGUAGCGCUAUCCCAGAAUGGAGAAGAAGAAUUGAGGAACGUAUCGCAAAGGCUAGAGCUCUCAUCGGCAGACUGAUAUGCUUCAGAUCAGGCAACAACAGGCCAAGAAUUGUGCGCACCGUCAGGAUGGCGUUUGCUGGGACAAAUGUCAGUUUGUCCCAGCCGGAUAUAACGCAAAAACUGACGGAGCGCAUAGAUGAUCUGAAGCAGAGAAUCGCUGCUUGGGGAAAGCGGAUUCGGCGAUAUACCGAGAGGUCGACACGGUUCAACCAGAAUCUCUCUUCCAGAGUGAUCAGAAGAGGCUCUAUGAAUCAUUGGAGCGACCAAUGUCGCCCAGGAACUGGAAUUAGAGCAUAUGAGGAGUAUAUUGGAAGAGGCGAUUGUGGAAACGCGCAGUACGCCUCUCGACAAUCGACCGUGACUUCCCCGCAUAGCCCUAAGCAAGCGGAAUGGGCUGUCGUGAGGGCUCUGAACCCAAUGCUGGUGACCUAUUUGGAAGCCAGCCGGGACCUUUGCGAGACGGACUCAAUUCUUUUUGGCGCCGCGCUGGCAACCUGCCGUAUCAUAGGCGCCAAGGUUUCCACGGCUGAACGCGCUACUGGCCAUAGUAGCGCUAUCCCAGAAUGGAGAAGAAGAAUUGAGGAACGUAUCGCAAAGGCUAGAGCUCUCAUCGGCAGACUGAUAUGCUUCAGAUCAGGCAACAACAGGCCAAGAAUUGUGCGCACCGUCAGGAUGGCGUUUGCUGGGACAAAUGUCAGUUUGUCCCAGCCGGAUAUAACGCAAAAACUGACGGAGCGCAUAGAUGAUCUGAAGCAGAGAAUCGCUGCUUGGGGAAAGCGGAUUCGGCGAUAUACCGAGAGGUCGACACGGUUCAACCAGAAUCGUCUCUUCCAGAGUGAUCAGAAGAGGCUCUAUGAAUCAUUGGAGCGACCAAUGGUAAGUGGAACGGGUCCAGCACCGAAUCAGGCCGACACUGUAGCAUUCUGGCGCGGCCUGUGGUCAGAGCCCGUAAACCACAGCGAGGGCCCUUGGACGGAAGUUGCGGCGAGUCAGUGUGCGGGUAUUACGCCCAUGGACCCCGUCAUCAUAACGCCGGAUGACGUAGCUGAGGCGGUCCGUAGGGCCCCGAACUGGAAAAGUCCGGGGCUUGACGGGCUGCAUCACUACUGGCUGAAGGGGUUCAUGGUGUGUCACUCUGUGCUCGCCCGACAGUUUCAAGAGGCUCUCAACCAGAAGUCGCUCCCAAGCCUCUUCACUACUGGGAUCACUCAUUUAGUUCCUAAAGACCAGGGAACUGGAAUUAGAGCAUAUGAGGAGUACAUUGGAAGAGGCGAUUGUGGAAACGCGCAGUACGCCUCUCGACAAUCGACCGUGACUUCCCCGCAUAGCCCUAAGCAAGCGGAAUCGGGCUGUCGUGAGGGCUCUGAACCCAAUGCUGGUGACCUAUUUGGAAGCCAGCCGGGACCUUUGCGAGACGGACUCAAUUCUUUUUUGGCGCCGCGCUGGCAACCUGCCGUAUCAUAG